AAAAUCCAAAAUCUCGCGUCGAUAAUCAAGUAUUUGCAGGAGCGACUGCAAAAGUAAGAGAGAGAAAGGCGGGAAAAUACUAGAAACGGAAACAUGAGCAGUCUGAGAAUCGAGAAAGAUGGGAAGCUCAGGCCACUGAUGAGGAAACAAGUAAAGAUGCAAUCAAUAUCAACAAAAUUAGGGGAAUCACAACAAAGGAGGAGAAGAAGAAGGAAAAAGAGAAGAGGUUUAGCUCACGCGAAAUCAGAGGCUCCUAGAGAGAGAAAGAGAGAUUCAGAGGUGGUUUCAUUCUUCACCAUUAGCUACCUACGCCAACCAUGGACACCACUCCUCAUCCUCAUCCUCAUCGUCGCCGAGUUCCGAGCAUGCGAAGAAUCAAGAAAGUUGAAGAUGACGCUGAAAUCUCCGAAUCGGGACUGGCUGUUCCCCCAGAAAUUCCUCAUUUUGUGUGGAUAGCAAAACCUGGAGAAAUAAAUGAGUUG